AUGUCAAAAGCAAAAUCGAAUAACUAUAAAUCAACGACAACAACAUCAUUAACUGAAGAGAUAAAAGUUGUUGUUGUUGGUGAUGGUUAUACAGGCAAAACAACAUUAUGUAUUGUUUAUAAAGAUGGAGAAUAUCCACAAGAUCCAUAUGUUCCAACGAUAUUUGAGAAUUAUGCAGCAACAGUAACAUUGAACAAUCGAAAGUAUAUUCUAAAUUUAUUUGAUAGUGCUGGACAGGAAGAAUAUGAUCAACUUCGUAUAAUGGCAUAUCCGAAUACAAAUGUAUUUAUUCUUUGUUUUUCUAUUGUUGAUCCUGAUAGUUAUUCGAAUAUAUUAAGUAAAUGGAUACCGGAAUUAAAUCGUUAUGCACCUCGUGUACCAAUAAUACUUGUUGGAACCAAACUUGAUUUACGUAAUGAUCCAUCAACACUUGAACAAUUAGCUGAAAAAAAUCAACGACCAAUAACACAAACUCAAGGUGAAUAUUUAGCACGUGUAUGUUCAGCUAAAGCAUAUUUAGAAUGUUCAUCAAUGUUAAAUUUUAAUAUACGAAAUGUAUUUGAACAAGCUAUUGAAACAUAUAUUUUAUAUGAACAACGAUAUCGUCAUGGAAUUAGUAAUGGACGAAGAAUAUUAUCAUCUAAAUUUCAUUCAUGUUCAUGGUUUAAUUCAUUAGUAUGUUGUACAAAUGCAUCUCGAACAUCAUCGAAAAAAAAUAUACGAACAAAAAAAGAUAAACAAAAUCGUUAUUCAAUGUAA